AUAACCAAUUACUUAUUUAUUUCUUCUACAUCUUCUCUUCUAAGAUUUUAGGGUUUAGCAUAAACCCUAACAAAAUUGGGCAUCAAUGGAGGCACUGAAAGAGUGUAGGGCGAAUUUGGUUGUGAAUUUACAUCCAUCAAACGCCAAAAACGUCGAAACCGCUGUUUAUCGCGAACUCAGCUCUCUUCUUUUCAAGUUUAAUGAAGCUUUAGAUGGUGUGGUAUUGACUUAUGAACCCAAGUUCAGUAGCAAUUUGGCUAGAAUUCUUCCAGGAAUUCACCCUUAUUUUGGUGUGAGACUUGAAGCAAAGUUGCUACUUUUUAAUCCAAAGCCAGAAAUGCUAUUAGAAGGUGAGGUCGUUAAAGUUGGCGAGCAGUCUAUUCACAUAGUAGUUCUUGGUUUUUCUUCUGCUGUCAUAGCAGAUGAGGACAUUCGAGAAGAUUUCAAGUAUAAAAUUAAACACGGGAAAGAAGUUUUUGUCAGCAGAUCUAACAAGAAACACAGGAUCAAAGUGGGAACUACUCUACGGUUCUCAGUCAAGAAUUUUGAUGAAGAGAUACUACAUAUAUGUGGGUCAUUAAUUCCAGAUAACACAGGAAAUAUUCAAUGGUUGGAAACGAAGGCAGAAGAGUCUCAAGCUUACAGCAUUACAGAAAAGAGGAUAGGCAACAAAAGGGCUGCUGAAUUGCUUGAGCCUGAUAACUUAGUACCCUACAGGGAAAAGCUGAAAUCUGAAAAUCAUAUUAAGAAAUUGAAAAAAUCUAAAAGCAGAGACAGCUGAAUAUGCUAAUUGUAUGCAUACAUCACAACAAUUUUUUGGCAAGUGCCUCAACUCUCAUGCUAAGGCUACUUUACAUGCAUUAAAUUUGGACCCGAAGGUGGAUGUCAAAACUAUAGAGAAUUAGUUCAACAACUUGGACGCGAGGUGAUUUGUGAAGAAGGGAGCGGUAAAGAUGGCCAAUGUUUUACUGGUUUUUGUUGUUGUUACUGCUCAUGAUAAUAUAGUAGGAGGUAGAUUAAACUUUGAUUUGCAUAAUCCUUUAUCAAUGUAAUCUCAUUUUUGCUCAACUAAAUACUGUCUUAGUUUCAAUGACACUAGUGCCAAUAUAAAUUGCUGUAUUUUUUCUCAGAAUUGGCAAAGUAAAACCAGAUCUGCUUUCUGUGUG